UCACCGUUUGUUUGCUGUUGAAACUUUUCGAUGUUUAUCUGCUGACUUUUGAACAGAACAGCAGCUUACUGGGUUUGCUGGUUAGGGUUAAUGGUUCUGCUGCCACAUGAGAAUGAUUGUUUUCUGAAAACAAAAGCUCUUUUCACAAAUCUCCUCUAUGUGUUGCCUUUGUCAGGUGGACUUUCACUGGAGCAGAAUCCUUCUGCAGAGGUUUCUGAAUGUUUCUAUGCUUCUGAAAGAAAAACUAGUCAGAAAAGUUUGAUUAAAGGCUGAAAGUUUGUGUUGUGUGCUUCCCCCAGAGCCAGUUUGAGUCAUCCUGCAUAAACACAAAAAAAAACUGUAUGAAUGAAUGAAGCAUGGCACGGGAACAGAACCACCAUCCGUUAUCUUGUUGUAGUAAACAAACAGAUAAUUCUCUGUAAACGUCCUGUCUUGUUAUUAUGUGAAACACGCAGAAGCUUCAUCCCGAUGCUGCUGAAGCUUCUGGACUGUAAUUUUCUGUGGAAUCGAGGUCAGAGACAGACACGCCCAGAGAGUCAGACUCUGAGCAGUAAAGUUUAGGGGUGGAAGACUUUCAGCGCCCACUCUGAGUGACUCAUUUGUCAAGAGGAAGCCCGUUGUUCUGUUGGAAUUUCCAUUCAUUUUGGAGCUGGAGAACGUCGGUCUGGAUGUGGCGUUUAAAACCGAGGCACAUGGGAGGAGUCCGCUUCCAGCCGGUGAAACACACCAGCACCAGCCACGUGACAGCUCUGAUAGGAUCACCUAAGAUUUGAGUUCACACAAAUCUUUCAGGACUUUAAGAAGUAAAUUUGUUUGGAAUGCAGAUUGUUUCCUUUAAAGAGUCGGGCGACUACUGAAACUCUCAUUUCCUUCUGCCUACUUUAUUUCACCACUAAUAAAUGUAAUGGAUUUUGAUUCACCGCUAGAUUAUAAUUGUUUAAACUAGAGUUCACCGCUCUGAUUUGGAGGCCAGAAGCUCGGAUGUGGCUGCAAAAGGAAAAUGGUGGAGGAGGAAAUGGGGGGGAGCUUUGUGUCAACACAGGAUUGUUUCUCAGAUGUUUCACUUCUGGUCCACUACCCAUAAAUAGACCCACAGGCUCAAAGUUGAAACUGCAUUAAAACAAAGUUAUGCAUGACUUGAUCUGGCUAAAACUGGAAUUAAAAGGUGUGAUAAUGAAGUUCCACUUCUGAAAUCCCACAUAAUGUGUGUACAAACAGGAAAACAACUUCUACGCAGACUCUAGCUCCUCUGUUUUGUUUCAUACCAUCUUUGUUUCCGCUUGAUCCGGAAACCAGAUUUUGCAAUUUCCUGCCUGUGAAAAACAGUGCAAGCUUUAUUGGAAAAAUGAUUCCUAUUGUCUUCACUUUGUGGCUUUGAUCACAGCUAUUUAUUAAAGGAGACAUGUCAUGACCACUUUUCUUAAACAGAUAUUUGGCAGUUUUGCUUGCUUUUAGCACCUCCUAGUGUUCAUUAUUAAUUAUCUGUAGUCUUUAUUUCUGCGUCUAACAGCUGAAAUGUCUCCCCAGCCUUCAUUAGUUUCUAGAGGUGUGGUUCAUCACCAAAUCAAACAAAUCAGCUGUUAAUGAUCAAAAAUAUGCAGGAAACGUGCUAGAAGCAGACUGCAGUGCCAGGUAUGUCAGCUCAAUUUUUCAGUAGCAGGUGGCAGGUGUAGUGUGUCUUUAAGAUGUAAUAGUACCUUAAACAUGUUUAUAAAGUUCUUGCACUAAAUCUGUCUCACAUGAAGCUAUUUCAGCAGUUUUAUUCUUGACUGCUUCAGUUCCUUCAGUGGCCAGGUUAUCCUGCCAACUCCUUCAUACCAACAGAAAAAAAAUUAUUUGCUUCAUCUGAACUCCACAAAGCACUGGGUGCAGCACACAGACGGCUAUCUGUGAGCUUAUUUUAACACGGAAAAUGCAAAUUCCGAUCUCAACCAUCAAGAUUGAAUAUAAGAUCUCAACUUUAAACCAAAUACCUGACUCACGAGUCAGUCAAAAUAAAAUGUAAUCAAAUAGAAGAGCUCCCGUCUCCAGACAAAAGUAAGGUUCCCAACUGUUUCUGACAGGAGUGUGGCCGAGGGCACGCAUGCUACGACCUGUUACAAAACAGGUUGACCUGUGACCUUCUGCAUUGUUUGUUUUAAAACACGAAUGAGCUGGUUUAUUUGUACUAAAUUUAGACAUUUGUAUCUACUUAUAUAACAAUUCAGAUGAAUUUUAGGUUUCUCUUGAUGAGUUAGGAUGAAGUAUCUAAAUUUAUUCCACCCUCUCAAAUCCCAGUGCACUUAAGAGCAAACUCGUUGUAUUGCUAUCCAGGCUGAAGCUUGCCUUGAACAAGAAGUUUUGAGCUUUAUUUUGGUCACAUGACCCCAAUAUCGGUUCAGCUCCAAGACUGAAAACAGAACUUGUUUGUACUUGCUUGUGACACUGCCGCCUCAGGAAUAAUCCAAAUUUCAACCCCAAAUAAGUGAUUCUACUACACAAGGAAACUAAAAUGGAUUUUUUAUGGAAAAAACACAUUUUGUCAUUUGGCAUGCAAAAACGUGAGCAUAAAUCUAUUUGAUGCUAUGCACACGACUUCUAAAAAAUAUCAAAUGGAGAGUAUAUGAAAAACAGUGAACCAGUGUUCUUGUUAGGAACUGGUAAAGGCACAUCCCACUUUAUCUCAUGACUAACAUCUUUUAUGGUUAAGACUUUCUACCCCAAACAACAGGGAAACAAAGCUGACCUGUCACAGCCUUAUUACACCACAGGAUCACAAACCAAGAGCAGUUAUGCUGAAGGAGGAGACUUGUGAGCAAAGAAGGGAGGGUCCGCCUGUCAAGAGAGAAAUCUGACAGCAGUGCACCACUUUUACCUGCUGAACUGUCAGGGAGCUGCAGAAUAUGCCGACUAGCUGAGAGAGGGAUUGUGUCUCAAAAUGGGUGGCAAUUUAAGUCAAAAGAAGAGCGUCAAGCGAUCAAACUCAAGGAGGCUCUCCAAAUCUAUCACCUCAGACUCAGAGGGUCAUUUUGACACUCCUGAAGCCGCAACUCCGGUCCAUGCACCUCCGACCUUCCCGGGAGAGCUGGAGAAUAACAACACGGAUGCAGACAAAACAGUGUCGGAGCAGGAGGACAACCUGAUAGUGACUGCUCCUGUCACUAAUUUGAACCACAGCAUGGGUCAGGAUGAGCCUGUGGUCUCCAUGGAUAGUCCGCUUGAAAUUAAAGUCCAGAAUCUGGUAGAAGAGGCAGUAGAGCAACAUGAAGAGGAGCUGGAAUCCUUUCCUGUUCCUGACUCAUCCCUACUGCAGGAGCUGGCCCAGUGCACAGCUCUGCUCUCGGAGACAUCCCUAGACAAAAAGCUCUUCCAUGCUGCAGAUCCAAUCCCAGAUCUGGCUCCUGUUUUAUAUCCAGAUUCUGCCUCAGAACCAAACUCAUUACGAAGUAUUGAACCUGCAGCUUCUCCUCCUUUAGAGCUUCCUCGGGAGGAACCUUCUGUUGAUCCAGAGACGCAGCACCAUGCCCUCCCCAGCCACGAGGAGCCUGCACAAAAGACUAAAACUAGCAAGUCCAAACCUCCAUCUUUAGAAAUAAAGGCCCAAGCAAAUCACCUUCUUCAGACAGAUGAGGAGCAAGAACUUUGUGCUCCCAAGGCUACUUACAGCUUUAACAUGGACCAGUUGGAUGACAGCUUCAACCCCUUCACCAGUGGUGGAUCUAAAAUCCAGAACUCCCCUCCACCAUGUGGCCCAGGCUCCCUCCCCAGGCCGGAGCCUCUUGGCAGCUCUUGGCCUAUUUCUCAGGCACAAGCAGAUUCAGACAUGAUUACUCCAUCAUCAGAGGCAAAGCCUGUGGUUCUGGAGUUUGGACUGGAUGAUGGAAACAUCAGAAAGCCCCCACCAAAGAAGUUAGGAGGCAAAAGGACAACCAGCAAACUGUCUGCAAAGAAGCAGAAGCCUAAAGAACCAACAACUUCUUGCAAAACUGAACCACAGCCUUCAGUGUUAGAACCACAUCCUCAACCAACAUCAGAAAUGCCUCCACAGCCUGUGUUGGAUUCAGAAUCAGCAGUGACAGACUCCUCUGCCCCGCUGAACCUGGAUGACGUUCCCAUCCCUAAAUCUGGAACCUACAACACUGACCCCAGUAAGUGGGAUGAUCCUAACUUCAAUCCAUUCGGAAGCAACAACAAGAUGAGCAGCUCUCCUGUGCUCCCCAAGGGCUCGUACAGCUUUGACUCCAUCAAAAACGAUGGCUCUGUGGACCCUUUUAAACCAUCAAAAUCCUUGAGCAAUGAUGAUGCAUCCUGCAGCAUCUCCCAACCCGAGACCGACGUAAAUGACGAAGACAAACAGAGAACAAGACAGAACCCCGGGGGGAGGAAGGGAAAGCAGAUUCCAAAGAAAAACAAAGAGAGGACAACCGCCCUCAGGACAUCUGAGCAAGCCAAGUUUCUCUGUUUUCUGUUGAAUUCCUGUAAAGUUCAGAAAUAUGACGAGAGCGAGUCUUUGGUCCUCGAUGUGUGCAAUCAGAGCGAGGAUGAGGUGGUGGUUCAGACCCCAGAGAUUACUCAGCAAGUUCAUCAUGCCACUGAUGAGGAGAAGCUGGCUUCCACAGGCAUGAUGGUCCAGACUGCAGAUGGCCAGGAGGAGAGAGAGGAGGUGGAGUGUAACAAAGCACCAGUGAAAAGGCAGCCAUCCAGGGAUGGAUCUGUUCUGGAUGGUCCAGAGAUCAAGAUUACAGGCCGCCUGGAGGAGAAGGACACCUUGAAAGACGAUCUAAAUGAGAAACUCCUGCACCAAACUGCUAAAAUGAGCAGCGGUGAGAUCCCUGACUCAGCAGCUCUGUCUCGGGAUGAAGUCCUUCUGAGUGAGAUGGACAAGGCUGAGGUGCUCACCCUGAUCAGAGAGGAGAUCAUCACUAAAGAGAUAGAAGUGGGUGAAUGGAAGAGAAAAUAUGAAGAAAGCAAAACUGAAGUGAUGGAAAUGAGGAAAAUUGUUGCAGAAUAUGAGAAGACUGUGGCUCAGAUGAUUGAGGAUGCACAGGAGCAGAAAAGCCUCUCCUGUAAUAAAUCAGUCAGGCAGUUGACUCUGGAGAGGGAUCAGGCUCUGGCUGACCUCAACUCAGUGGAGCGCUCCUUUGCUGAUCUCUUCAGGAGGUAUGAGAACAUGAAGGGGGUCUUGGAAGGCUUCAAGAAGAAUGAAGAGGUACUGAAGAAAUGCGCUCAAGACUAUCUGGUCCGCAUCAAGCAGGAGGAGCAGAGAUACCAAACCUUAAAAAUUCAUGCUGAGGAGAAACUGAACAAAGCUAACGAGGAGAUAGCCCAGGUGCGGGCCAAGGCCAACGCUGAAAGUGUGGCACUCAACGCUAGUCUGAGGAAGGAGCAAAUGAAAGUGGAGUCUCUGGAAAGAGCUGUCAUUCAAAAGAAUCAAGAAACUGAGGAGCUCACUAAGAUCUGCGAUGAACUGAUCGCCAAAUUGGGAACCGAAUAGGAGACAUUAAUGAAUCUCUGGUGCCUCCUUUCAGCUGUAACCAUGAACUCAAAGUAAAGUGACAAGAAAUCAGUUCAUGAGAAAAAUUUGGGCAAUCAAAACUUUUUAUUUAAACACAUAAAUGUAUUUUUAUUGAAAUACAUCAUGGCUGCACACAUAAUUCCCAUUCAGACUGAAGUAUUAAACUGAAUUAUAUUUUUCCAUCAUAGGAACCAUUUAUAGAAACCACAACAUCACCAUGAGGUGUAUUUUUUAUUACUUUUAUGCGGAGAAAAUGUGUUUCAUGACUGUUUGGUUUGAGAUUAUUGUUUAUAAUGAAUCCUAUUAUAAAAAAUUGUAAAGAAUGCACAUACAAUUUCAAAUACUGGUCAUGUUAUUUAAAAUAUAUGCAUUCAAAUCAACGAUUUUUAUCAUUCAUACUUCAUGUGUGCAGAGAUUAAGGGAAAGAAGGUGCAGCUAGAGAGCACAGAUCUCACUGCAGCACAUUUAAACUGUAAUUUUCUGAAUGAUAAUGUAAUCAAACAUCCGUACUGAGUGCCUAAACCAACUUAACACUAUUAGUUUUUUGGUUCUUGCAUAUUUUUUUCUGCCUUUUUCUGGGCGAUUGACUCACAUUCAAGAAGGCUUUGAGUUUGUUUUUUAUUUUGUUUUCAUGUCUGCUCUCAGAUAUCAAGAGCUUUGCAGUUAGAUCACAAAACAAGCGUUAGGUCCUGCAAACCUGAGUGUGACAUGCCUUGCAGAGAACCGUGUAUUACAUCCAGCUGUGUAAUUUGUUGCAUGGACGUAAUUUUCACUUUAGAAGUGGGGGGGACACGGGGGGUGUAUCUUUACAGUAUGCUCUAAUGGGAAACAGGCUUCAACACAAACGGUUGUUUUCCGCUUGGUCCUAGAGCUCAACCAGUGUCAAUUUAACAUAGCGUAAUAUUGUUUUUGGAUGGUAAAACAUGCAGGGGUCAAAACUUGACUUUGGAAAAAGUGGGGGGGGACAUGUGUCCCCCCCCCCCCCCCCCCCCCCCCAAUUUACGUCCAUCAUUUGUUGUAAUAUCAAUCAUGUGCCAUGUCAGGUUUUACUGUCACUCUGUGUUGAAGUAUAGGUAACAUUAGCUGCAGCCAUGUAACUAUUACAGGUUGUAUUGACAUUAUUUCUGUUAGAUGUUGAUGGGGUAACUUUUAUUUUCCUUUCACGCAUUUCUGGAUUAUUUUGCCAAAACAUGCGGUGUGUUUCCUGCAUGAUAAGGAUAUUCUGGACUCGUAAAGGAAUCUGCAGGUGUACGGCCUUGUCCGUGGUGUUUUUGGGAGCACAUGUUCUUUAUGCAACAGUUUCCUCUUUGCUAUCUAACAUGUUCUGAUCUGGACUUGAAGGGGUUUUGAAGCCCUGUAAGGAAAAAUGAUUAUUUUUACUCCUGCACAAUCAGAUGCCAAACAUCAAGGUAAAAUGAUGUUGAUGUGACUCCAUGUCUGUUAUAGUGGUGCCACAUUAGCUCAGAGCUGCUCUUCAAAGCACAUCCAUUGUUAUGGUACAAUGUGUAUAUUUUGUAUUUUAUGACAAGAACAUUCGGAGCUUUGUUGCAGAUAUUUGUAAAAUGUAAGAGUGAAGUACGUACCAAUUGUAUGUUGUUGGUUAUAUUUUGUGCAUUCCUAAAUAAAUGGGUAUGAAUUAAUAAA